AUGCCAGAAACUCUCUCCGCUUCUCCGCAGGCGGAACACAGAAGAGACGACUCGGAAAAUAAUCCAGGGCGCUCUGUCUGUCUCUCUUGCGAGGCAGAGAAACGCAGAAUGGAAAGGCGUCGACAGGCAACUGCGGGAGAGGAAGUCGAUCCUCGACAGACACAAGCAGAUACACCUCGAAAACCGGUUCGACGGCACACAGGCGAUACGUCCAAACACAAAAGCGGGAGGCUCAGAAAAGAAAAAGAUGAAGACGACCAAGAAGAAGAAGAAGGCGAAGAAAGAGGAGCCAAAGGGGAAGAAGCAAUCGUAGGAGAACAAGACGCAGAGGGAGAGAGCGAAGAAGGAGGGGAGGAGAACGCAGAGGAGAAAGAAGAGGGAAGAGCAAUGAAGGGAGAAGGAUGCAGGACGCAGGUGACGAUGCAAUGGGGAGUGGAAGAGAGACAGAAAGUCCCCGAAGAAGAAGAUCUGCUUUUCUCGCCUUGCUCCCUGAGUGACUGUUCACCAGUGUGGAGAGAGAUGUCGGAGGAGAGAGAAGAGAGAGAGAAGGACGAGGAGGAAGAGAGCGACCCAGAAUUUGUCUUUCUUGAAGAUCGCUCUUCGACCUGGUCCCCGACUCCAGCCGACUUGCUUGUGUGCGCAAAGCGCCUCGGCUUCGUCUUCCCCGAGGACUCUCCCUUCCUUUGUCUGGCGAGAGAGUGUCUGACCGCGCCUUUGCCGGCGCCUUGGGUCGCUUGUCAGAGCCGCCGAGACGGCAGCAUUUUCUUCUUCAAUCCGGAAACAAAAGCGAGUGUCUGGGAGAAUCCAGGAGACGCCAUCUUCCGAGAAAAGCUCGCCGCUGCUCGCCUGAAACACCGCCGAGCUGCAGGGGAGACGGAGGGGAGUUGUGGGCGCUCACAAGGCGCGUCCGACGCCGGCCCACUGUCUGUGAGGAUUGGGGCAUCCCCCGGACUCGAGACGAGAUGCAAGGAGGUCGCAGCAGGGGAAGAAAGCAGAGCCGCGGAUCCGCCGGAGCUUGCAAAGCGAGACAGAGAGAUGCAAAAGGCGAGGCGGUGGGGUGACUGUGUCAAGAGCCAGAAGGACGAAGGAGAAGGAAACACAGAGAUGAAAUCAAAGACACAUACACAAGAAGAUCAACAGAAGAAAGAAAGAAAAGAACAAGCGAACCACGAAGAAGAAGCCGAAAGAGGUGAAGCACACGAAGGAGAAGAAGGAGAAGAAGAAGGAGGUGAAGAAGAGCUGUUGAACUUGUUGGCUCCUUUCGAAGGCGGACGAGAAGAAGGAGAGGUGACGGAUGGACGUUUGUUUCCUGGACCUCAUGUUCGUGGGGUGGGCAGCAGAGAAGACGUGGAAAGCGGAGAUGCGGAACGCGGAAGAGACGCCAGCAACUCAGAAAGCUGCACAGAGAGGAAAAACAGCUUUUGUCUUUUCGAGGAAGACUCAAGUGAGUUUGAAGAGGGUGAGGCGGCCGCCGCCUCUCCGUGUGUGUCUCUCUUUCUUCGUUCAGACGGGGGAGAGGAAGGCGCCCAGUCUUCUGCUUCUUCCCCUUCUGCUCGCCGCCUAGAAGCGUUCCCUGUUUCGCGGCGUCUUUCUCUCCCUAGACCGGUCCCCAGCGCGGGGCCCUCUGCGGUCUCCCGGUGUCUGGGCAUGCCAACUGGGGCACCAACGUCCUGUUCUCGAGAGGUGAGAACAGAAAUGCACGGGAGACUGGAGGAAGAGAAGAGAGUGGACAGUGCGACAAAGGAUCUCGAGUGGCUUUCCUCUCCUUGCAUGGCCGCGAAGAAGACCGAGGAAGCGGAAAGUUCCUCAGAACCGAGAAUCGAAGGACAGGGCUCGGCCGGCGGAGACAGACUCUCUCAGGAGAGACUCUCUCUUUCUUUGCAGAACUCCCAGAGAGAGCAGGCGGAAGAUACGGUGUCUGCAAUUGUCGAUGGAAGGAAAGGCCAACAUUCCCACAAUGGAGACAUUCUCGAUGCUCUUCUCAGUACACCGGCAGCUGCGCUUGAGACACGGUGCUGGCGGGCCAAAAGGCGAAGGCGAUCUCUCGGCGUGAGAGUGACCAACUCCGAGGCCGCCCCAGUGAAGGACCUCGGAGACAAAACAGCUUCCAGACACUCCAGUCCGGUUUCCCUGUUUUUGUCCUCGCCUGCUGUUGCGUCGUCUUCCUCCUCGUCUUGUUCUCCCUCUCAUGCGUCUUCUGGUUCUUCGUCUCCUCCCUCUCCUUCACUCCUCUGUCCUGCAGUCUCUCGCUCGCCUCCCCGGUCUGCGUCGGCCUCUCCGUCUUCUUGUUCGCUCUCGAAUUCUUCUUUUUUCUCGCCGUCCUUCGCUCCAGCGACCCCGCGAGCGUUUGCGGGAUCUGAGAAGGAGGAUUUCUUGGAACAGACGGCGAAAGGAGACGCGAAGGAUGGAACGAUUCUUGCUUCGCUCGCGGCGUUCCACCUGCCGGCAGGUCCUGCUUCACCGGGGGAUGCCUCUUCGGAUUCCUCGCCUUCUUUCGCGGCGUCUGCGGCGCCUCUCCGGACCUCUCCUUCCAAACGUGCGACAGACGGGGAGCCUCAGGAAAAAAGGGAGAUCGGCCUGUUGCAGAUCUUCCAGGUCGCUGGCAGAGCGCUUGGCGCGAGAGACUCGGCACUGCGACAGCUCGACGGAGAGAUGGAGGCGGUCGAACUGCUCGAGAGGGAAGCAUGCGGUGAGGUCGGCGCUCUGUCGUGGAGUGAGAGGUGGGGAGAGAACGAGGACGGUGAGAGAGAGAGAGAGGAUCCGCGAGGCGCAGGCGUCUCAAACGUCCGGUUUACGGUCGCUCGAGACGAGCGACAAGGCAUUUGCCUUCCUGACGGAUCCCCUUCUCCUCCCGGUUCGUUGUCUUCUUCUUCACACUCCCGUCCUUCUGUCUCUCCCUCUCCUGGAGAUGGUUUCUGGCCUUUUCUCAGAUGCAUGCUCAACUCGUCACAAGUGCCUCUCCUCACUGUCGCCUCUCGAGUCGUUUCACGGAAUGUCUCUGUUGACAACUUGCAGCGCGAAACUCUCUCACAGUCUCCUUCCUUCUCUCCUGUCGCUCCUUGUCCUUCGUCUUCGGAUUCGGCAUCCUCAUCUUCGUCAUCUGCGUCUCUCCCUUCUCACCCUUCCCCGACUGAAUCCUCUUGUUCUGCACCUUCCUCUUUCCGCCUGCCUUCGACGGUGGCCUUCCCUCCGUCUGCCGCCUCACCUGCAACGUCCUGCCGUCUCUCUCCUUCCAGUUCUUCCUCGCGGUGUUCCACAUCUUUCUGCUGUUCAGCCUGCGCUUCUUCAUCCUGCGUUUUACCUUCUUUUGCUCCACCCCACCUCGCCUGCUCCGCGGCAACAGUCGCUCCGUCGACGCGUUCUUCUCACGACGGCGGCAGGGAGGCUCUGGAGAGAGAAGAGGCCGAGAGACAGCAGAGGGAAGUUGAAGAAACAGAGGGAGAGCGAGGAGGAACAGAAGCGAACGAUGAGGAGGGAAGAGCUUCGGAGGGCAGUGGCGAGAGCGACGGCGACGGCGGCAGGGAGGCAAGCGAACAGCGAGAGAGUCACACUGCCGAGACGCAUCUGAACGUUCAGCGAGGAGACGCCUGGAGUCAAACCAGAGCUGUCGCAGAAGACGACGGAGAAGCUGCUGAGGAAGACCGAGACGCCUGCGACUCACACAGAGGACACUCACGCGCAUGGAAAAAAAAAAGAGAAGGCGCGCAUGCUCUUCGUCCUGGAGACAAGCAGGCGAGUCGCGUUCUGGAAGAAUCAGGAGAAAACCGAGAAGACGAAGGCGGCGCGACUCGCACUCCCCUCCACGCAAGUCGUCGGCUUUCUUGCUCCUUCCACGGCGAAAGUCCCAGCCUCGCGAUUGUUUCCAUUUCUCAGACUCCAGAGAGGGAAGACAGGCGAGGACGCGGAGAAGCAGCAGAGGCAGGGGAAACCAGCAGAUCAUGCGACUGGACGAAAGACGAGACAUUGCCAUUUGCAGAGGAGACAGCCGAGGCAGUGGAGGCGGCGAGAAGGCGAAUCACUCGAAACGAGACAAUGCAAGAGGGAGAAGAGGAGAGUCCGACUGAAAAGGUUGAGGAAGAGGACUCAGCGAACGGGAGAGAGGCAGGAACUCGACAUGGAGGAGAGGGAGGCCCUGCCCUGCAUGCAAGUUGCAGAGACAGCAAGGACGCAAACAAGGAGAUGAAAAUAUCACGGCCGAAGAGCCUCAAAGACUCGCCUCCUUCUGACCUCGCUUCUUCUGCGACCUGGGGAGUCGUCAGGACGCCAUAUUUCUUUGUCGGGUGUACAGACAGCCCCGGAGCAUCAGAUGCCCAGAAAGGGAGCCAGCAGAAUCCGGCCUUUCGCUUGCCAUCUGCCUCCACGUGUGCCUCUCUCAGCUCUCUUCCUGGCAGCCGAGAAUGCCUCCAAAGUGAAGAAGAGGGCGUUUUCUCCUCCAUUCCACGAGCACCAUCUCUCUGUGGGAAAAGGGGAGAGAAGGCGAAGCCUGUAGGAACUUCUAGGCAAGCGCCGCAUCUCGAUGUGUGCCACCGCGAGGUCGCGACGAACGAGCCGACAAAUGAGUCCGAGGAAGCCGCAGCCGGAGCAGACCAGACAGACGCAGGAGCAGGAGAAGAACCUGAAGAAGCAGAGAAAGGGGCAGAGCUUGUCAAGAACGAAGCAGGAGAAGCAGAGGAAGUCGCGGCAGAAGAAGGAGUAUAUGACGGAGGUGAAAUGGAAGAUGAGAAAGCAGGAGACGGAGAUGAACUGGAUGUGAAGGGUGGGGAAGAAGGAGAAGGCGAUGGAGGCGCAGGACAGAGCGACGAAGGAAGAGCGAACGAGGUCGAAGCCGCGCUUCCGGUUACCGGGGAAUUCAGGUUCGAUGCAACGAAAGAGAGACCGGCUCUGGGUGUCGCGGAGAGGUCUGAAGAAGAACGGAAUCUCUCUUCAGAAGGCAAUGCUCAUUCUCGAGCACGGCAGAUGCAUGCGUUCUCAAAAAAGCAACUGGAAGAAAGAGAGAUACUUUCUCGUCCACCGUCCUCUGCUCGUUUUCCUCUGUCUCCGGAUCUCGAGAGGACAGCGUGGAACGAGGCAAACGCCUCUGUCCUCUCCGACCUUGAUUCCAGACAAGACAAAAAGGCUGUGCCUGGUGUGGAAUGGAGCUGUGAAGAGUCAGCGCGGAUGAAAAGCGGAACUGAGAAGGAGGAUGACGCGAGCCUGCCUCUUUCACCGAAUUCGAUUUCUUCUUCGAUCGUCGCCCAUCGUGUGCCGACCUCUUCCAGCUCCCCUUGCUCUCUUCCCUCCGUCUGCGUCUCUUCUUCUGCCUCUUCUUCUCCUUCUUCUUCUUUUACGGCUCAGACACCUGCGAAGCCGCUGUUCGUGAAGGCAGCAGUGCGUGAGAGAGAAAAGCAAAUUUCUGCACAGAGAAGAGGGGAGACAGAACGGAGACUAGAAGGCGAAUUGCGUCGCGCGAAGCGAGACCUCGCUGCAGCUCUGCGCCUCCGGAGAGAACAAGAGGAGAGUCACGCGCGACAGCUCUCUCGGCUGGCUCUGCAGGAGGCGCAGCUGAAACGCGAAACUCAAGAGGCCAAGGCCGAGCUAGCUCGAGUUCUCAGACGACUAAAGCAGAGAGAAGAAGAAGAACAAGAAAGAGAACAAGAAGACGAACAACGAGAGGAGAGCGGGGACAGAGGAGAACAAGAGGAAGAAGAAGAAGGAGAACAAGAAGGAGAACAAGCGGAGGGAGAGGAAAGAGGAGGCGAAGAAGACGAACAAGAGGAAGAACAAGAAGGAGAACAAGAGGAAGAACAAGAAGGAGAACAAGAAAGAGAACAAGAAGGAGAACAAGAAAGAGACGAAGAAGGAGAACAAGAAAGAGAACAAGAAGAAGAACAAGAAGAAGAACAAGAAGUAGAACAAGGGGAGGGAGAGGAAAGAGAAAAAGAAAGGAUGAAAGGAGAGGCGACACUCGAGGGAUGUGGAUCAGCGUGGUCGAGCGUAGGGCGCAUUUCAUGGCGAGGAGAGACAUGCACUGGAGAACAGAAGACUCAAGGGAAAAGGCAAAAGCCGUUUCACGAGAGGCAGAAGGAAGAGCGAAGACAAGAAGCCGACUCGAGGAGAGAGCGAAAAACCAAGCACAAAGGAGAUCCUCCCCCGUGUGGUAAGGGAGUGACGCACUGUACUGAUAUCACAGGCUUUACGUUGGAUCUCGCAUUGCUUUCGUUAGAUCUGUCGGUCUCUCUGAAGGAAGUGGAAUAUGAACAUGGCUUUGACUUUUUCUGCUUCACACGACGGUCACGGUAUUGCAUCUACCGUGGACGCAUAAAGCGAGGGCGCGUCGCGUACCUACAGUCACUGGCAGGAAGAAAGUGA